AUGUCGUCCAUCAUUCGACAACUGCCACUUUUGUUUUGGGGGGACGUGCUUUCCGCAUUUCCCUCCGCACAGCCCCUUUUCCCCGUCCUGUUUGGCGGCGGUUUCAGGGAUCCGCAUCCGCCGGUUGGUGCCGGUUUCGGAGCCAGGUCUCUUUCCGGCCGGCCAAUCCUGGGUCGCAGUGGCCUUCCACGUGGCGAUGGCGGCGGUGGGCCUGCCGGGGGCGGUGGGCCCGCGAUUGCGGCUGCAGCAUCGGCGGCCUCGGUGACGCCCUUCGACCCUCGCCACCCCCGGCGGGUGGUCCACGUCUCCAGGGAGGGGGUUCCGACUAUUGUGAAGGAGAGCACCCGGCGGAAGCCGCCUUUGCUCCACAGGCCAUGUGCGCUUGAGGCGCCAGCUUUUGUUAAUGCCAUUCGUACACAUGCCGUACUUUUGUACUGUGCGUUGUCGUACUAUAAAAAAUGUACUUUCUGCAUUCUCGUACAUUUGUACCAGGUUGACCGGCACCAGUUGGUGGCGGAUAUGGGUAUUGCGUAUCGGGACCUGCGGGCCAUUGACCCCGCG